AGAGAUGCUCGAUCAUACAGAACAAGUCAUCUUAGUUGUUCCUCAGCAUCAAGCACGAUCGCAUUCUGGCCAAAGAGCUCUCGUGAUCAAGUCGCAAUUGUGGGCAAAUGGUUGAUUGAAGAAUUUGCAUAAAGUGCUUAGUUUAAAUUCAAGAGUGAUCCUCCCGGAGAAUUCCUAAAAAAAAUACAAUGAUCAUUAAAAUUAUGAUCUUUAUUUGGCUGGUGUAUAUGGUAGCCCCAUCUGUAUGUCGGGACCUACGGACACCGACAAAGCAAACACAUGAAAUUGAUGGUGGGCACCAAAAUAGUAAAUUAUUUUAUGCGAAAAAUGAAAGUUCCAUCACAUACAUACGGGCGGCGAUUCCAAUGAAGAUUUUUCGUUGCAUGAAGAGGUACAACAUUGUGCGGUGCAUGAAGCUCUUCCUUCUCCAGAGAAUGGAACGGAAUCUUCCGGGUGAUUUUGGGAAUACGCAUAAUAUUACAAGUGAUUUUCUAGAUCAAAUGCUCACGCAGGAUCCCGACGAUAGAUUAGACUUUGAGGCGAAUUAUACAAAUUUGCAUGAUCGCGAGAUCGAUGAUCGACUUGUAAAGAGCAUUGAUCGAUUUUUUGCAAAUCGAGAAAUUAAACUUCACUUUAUUCCGGGUAUGGUGGUUAAGGUGCGGCCAAGUAAAGAGAAUAAAUUGGAAUUAUCAUUGAAGAAAGCGGACACGUUCAUCAAUACAAAUUCUGCAGUUGGUCGCAAAAAGCGACCACUUGAGUAUGUUCUGAAUGUCGGUCUGCCUGCCCUUCUCAUGCCCAUGAUCCUAAUGGGUUCUGUUUUGCCAAUGGCACUGCCAGCAUUUAAGAUGGCCACACUCAUUUCCGGGGCUAUUAACAAGGGUGCACUCAUAGCUGCAAUUAUGUACCUGGCGAAGAAUUAUGCUGAGCAGAAGACAGCAUCAACCGUUUAUGUGAGCAAUGUGCAGUAAAUUUUAACCAAUUCUUAAUAAACCUUUAUCAGUGAAUAUAUAUUUAAAUUAUAUUAAAUUAAGUUUCAAAAUGGAAAGCCAAUUGAGAAUGAAUCAAUAAAUAAAUUAUUGAAAUUA